UUAAUUUGCCUCUGUAUUUUCGUCUCUUCGGGUUUCUCUUCCCACAAGCCACAGCUUCGACUCUUCAACUCGAAGAAUCUCUCUCUCUCUCUCGAUCUAACUCUUGUUUCUUUACUCAUGACUUUUUCAUCUCCAAAACUAUAAAGAUUGCCAGUUUUUUCUCUUUCACACAUAGAAUAUCUAUAAUAUUUAUCUGUAUUCGCAUAGUUUUAGAGUUUAUCGCCAUCACAGAUCCUCUUACAACUCAGCCGAACAAUUCAAGAACGCGCAGAACGGCCGAUUCCUGAUCUGGAAAUUCCCAUUUCCAGCUACCCCACUUCCACUCUAAUUUACAUUUUCCCCCAAAUUUACGACCCAUUACAUAUACGCUUCAAUUACUUCUCUUUCCACCCGUUUCAGUUCUCAAACUGCCCAAAUAGCAGUACCCUUUUCUUUGAAUUGCAAAGGGUUUCAAUUUUGCCCUCCAGGAAAGUUUCGUGAUUUCUCUACUUAGAUAUUCGAACUUGUUAUACGAGGGUUUUGGGGUACUUUGAUGUUUUUUAAUUUACAGUUGGUUGUAAUCAUGUGAUCUGGGAGUUUUGAUGUUAUUUGUCUCUCUCUGUGGUUGGUUUAAGCGCAAAUUCGACUUCUUGAUCCUAACUAUUCUGGGGUGAGCUCUUGCAUUGAUCUUUAAAGUAUCUUGAAGGUAUUCUAAGAUGCAGGCUGAUGAGCGGAAAAAGGCAUCUGCAGACAUGGACUUCUUCACAGAAUAUGGUGAGGGGAGUAGGUAUAGAAUAGAGGAAGUAAUUGGAAAAGGAAGCUAUGGUGUUGUCUGUUCUGCAUAUGAUACUCAUCUCGGGGAAAAAGUAGCGAUAAAGAAGAUUAAUGAUAUUUUUGAGCAUGUCUCUGAUGCCACACGCAUUCUGCGUGAGAUUAAGCUUCUUAGACUCCUUCGCCAUCCAGACAUUGUGGAAAUCAAACAUAUCUUAUUGCCUCCUUCCAGACGGGAAUUUAAAGACAUAUAUGUUGUCUUUGAACUCAUGGAAUCUGAUUUGCACCAGGUUAUUAAAGCAAAUGAUGAUUUGACGCCUGAGCAUUAUCAGUUCUUUCUUUAUCAGCUUCUCCGUGGUUUAAAGUAUAUUCAUACAGCAAAUGUGUUUCACCGAGAUCUAAAACCAAAAAAUAUCUUAGCAAAUGCUGAUUGUAAACUCAAGAUAUGCGACUUUGGUCUUGCUAGAGUAGCUUUUAAUGAUACCCCCACUGCUAUAUUUUGGACAGACUAUGUCGCAACAAGGUGGUAUAGGGCUCCAGAAUUGUGCGGAUCCUUUUUCUCCAAGUAUACACCUGCAAUAGACACAUGGAGCAUUGGUUGCAUUUUUGCGGAACUUCUGACUGGGAAGCCUCUGUUUCCUGGAAAAAAUGUAGUCCAUCAAUUGGACUUGAUGACUGAUCUGUUAGGAACACCAUCUCCUGAAUCUAUUGCCAGGAUACGGAAUGAGAAAGCUCGUAGAUACUUGACCAGUAUGCGGAAGAAAAAGCCUAUUCCCUUAUCCCAAAAGUUCCCAAAUGCAGACCCCCUUGCUCUUCGUUUGCUUGAAAGAAUGCUAGCAUUUGAUCCCAAGGAUCGACCAUCUGCUGAAGAGGCUCUUGCAGAUCCCUAUUUCAAGAACUUGGCCAGGGUUGAGAGAGAGCCUUCUGCUCAACCAGUUACAAAAAUGGAAUUUGAAUUUGAAAGACGAAGGGUGACAAAGGAAGAUAUUCGGGAACUAAUAUAUCGAGAGAUUCUUGAAUACCAUCCAAAGAUGUUGAAGGAGCACUUAGAGGGAGCAGAACCUACAGGCUUCAUGUAUCCAAGUGCUGUUGACCAAUUCAAGAAGCAAUUUGCUUACUUGGAGGAACACUAUGGAAAUGGUGGAACCGUUGCUCCACCUGAAAGGCAACAUGCAUCAUUACCUAGAUGCAGGCCAUGUGUUCUAUAUUCAGACAACUCAACACAAAAUCAAGAAGUAACAAAUGAUCUAUCCAAGUGUUCCAUAAAAGAGGUUGAAAGGCCACAGCCGGACAGGACUUCUGGGGUGCCCAUGACAAGAAUGCUCCAAGUUCCUGCAAGUACCCAAGCAGGCGGUGCUGCAAGGCCUGGGAAAGUGGUGAGCUCAGUAUUAAGGUACAACAACUGUGGAGCAGCAGCAGCAGCAGCAGCGGAGGCUCUUGAACAGCGGAGGAUGGUUAGAAAUCCAACUGUUCCCUCUCAAUAUGCCGUCACAAGCUCCUCAUACGCAAGGAGAAACCUGGCCUGUAAAAAUGAGAGGGUAGAAGAUGGAGUUGAAGGAUCCAACAGCUUGCAGCCGAAGCCUCAGUACGUGGCAAGGAAAGUGGCUGCCGCGCAAGGUGGGUCUGGAAGCCACUGGUAUUGAUUCAACGAACCCUAUUCUGCUUGCAAGUAGUUGCUGGCAAAGCUGCUCGAGCUGCAUAUUCAACUUGUGGGGGGAUGUGUAGCCAGGUUCCGAGAAUCAUUGGCAGUCAACUGUAAACUUCUCAAGUGUGAGUGGACAUGGUAUUGGUGCUAGCUUGCACGAACAUCCAAGAUUGUUGUUGGUGAAGGCGAUUGGCUAAAUCUGUGGAAGAUGAAAAGGAUGGGCAUGACUCUUGGAAGAAGUCUGUUCUGUGAUCCAAAUCAAAAACAAGAUUUGAGAAGGUGAAGGGGAAGACACAAAAAGGGGAACUUGCAACUGGUGUCAUUACUUUCUCAGUUCGGUUAAUUAUCUCUCUAUUAACUGUCAAUUCUUUGCAAAGACAUGAUGGUAGAACUUAGUUAUCAACUGCUAUAUUUUCUAUUCUGGUUUGUACUAUUAUCAUAUUGUACUUGAAAGAGAGCUUUGUAUCCCUCCACUAAAAUGGAUAGAGUUACGGACCCGCCCCCGUCCAUACUUUGUCAUGAUCGCAGUUUAUUAUUGUUAAAUCUGUAACUUCACCAUCUUUAUUAUUAGAACAAA